CGAUGUCGACGACAUGUAGUUUUUCUUCCCCUGGUCCAAGCUCUUAUCCAACUUAAGAAACCCAAAAAAAAGCGAAAAAAGAUAGAAUGGAUGAAUCUAUAAAGGAAAAUCAGAAGCAAAACCAGAACAAACACUGCAACUGAAGCUCUCUAAUCUCAACAUCAAACCAUGCAAGAUCACCACCGGCAACCUCUAUUGCUCAACCGUGGAGAGGAAGCAAAAGCAGAGCAAGAAACCGCUUAUGAUUCCGACGAGAAAGUUAUCAUCGGAAUCGAUGCCGGCUACGACUCCGAGUACACACCUCCGUUCUCAUGGAGAAAGCUUUGGCUCUUCACUGGUCCUGGAUUCUUAAUGUCCAUUGCGUUUCUUGAUCCUGGCAAUUUGGAAGGGGAUCUUCAGGCUGGAGCAAUUGCUGGGUAUUCGUUACUCUGGCUUCUCUUGUGGGCCACGGCUAUGGGGCUUCUCGUUCAGCUCCUGGCGGCUCGGCUUGGCGUGGCGACUGGGAGGCAUUUGGCUGAGCUGUGCAGAGAGGAGUAUCCAUCGUGGGCUCGAAUGGUGCUGUGGGUUAUGGCUGAGUUGGCUUUGAUAGGGGCUGAUAUACAAGAGGUUAUUGGAAGUGCUAUUGCUAUUAAGAUUUUGAGUAAUGGGGUUUUGCCUUUAUGGUCUGGUGUUGUUAUCACCGCUUGUGAUUGUUUUAUCUUCCUAUUUCUUGAGAAUUAUGGCGUGAGGAAAUUGGAAGCAGUUUUUGCUGUUUUGAUUGCAACAAUGGCACUCUCAUUUGCUUGGAUGUUUGGUGACGCAAAACCCAGUGGCAAGGAGCUUCUUCUGGGUAUCCUAGUUCCAAAACUUAGCUCUAAAACUAUACAGCAGGCUGUUGGAGUUGUGGGUUGCAUUAUCAUGCCUCACAAUAUAUUUUUGCAUUCUGCUCUUGUCCAGUCAAGGGAUGUUGACCACACUAAGAAAGGCCGGGUUGCAGAAGCUCUCAGAUAUUACUCUAUAGAAUCUACUAUUGCGCUUAUGGUAUCAUUCAUUAUCAAUUUAUUUGUCACAACCGUGUUUGCAAAAGGUUUUUAUGGUACAGAACUGGCGAAUAGUAUUGGCCUUGUGAAUGCUGGGCGAUACCUUCAAGAGAAAUAUGGAGGUGGACUUUUCCCAAUUUUGUACAUAUGGGGUAUUGGGUUAUUAGCAGCUGGCCAGAGUAGCACCAUUACUGGCACUUAUGCAGGGCAGUUUAUCAUGGGAGGUUUCCUGAACUUGAGAUUGAAAAAAUGGCUCAGGGCAUUGAUCACUCGAAGCUUUGCAAUCGUCCCUACUAUGAUUGUAGCACUUGUUUUUGAUACCUCUGAGGACACACUGGAUGUUCUAAAUGAAUGGCUAAAUGUGCUUCAAUCAAUUCAGAUUCCUUUUGCACUUAUUCCUCUUCUUUGUUUGGUCUCCAAGGAACAAAUCAUGGGCACUUUCAAAAUUGGUACUGUUCUCAAGAUGAUAUCAUGGCUCGUGGCCUGUCUGGUAAUAGUAAUCAAUGGUUACCUAUUGGUCGACUUUUUCUCUAACGAAGCGAAAGGAGUAAUUUUCAUCACUGGGAUAUGCAUUUUCACUGGUGCAUAUGUAGCAUUCAUAGUUUACCUUGUUUCCAGGGGGAUCAACUUUUCUUCAUGGUGCUGUCCACCAAAACAUGCAGAGGGAAUCGAGUAAAUCAAACCACAGUUCCAAGAUUUUUCAAUAUCAAACCACAGUUACAAGAUAUUUCAAUCAUAUACUAUCUAUUGGAGGCUACACAUACUGGAUUGAUUCAAAUUACAAUUUCAGUUGAAUGAUCCUUUACCUUGUCAACCAUAGAAUUUCUCUUUCAUCCUUGUGGGGCUAGCUGUGUACAAAGUUCAGUUAUUGUGCUUCUGGGUUUUUUUUCCUGUACCAUAGAACUUCUAUGAUCCCUCCAGUGGCUGGAAAAAGCAUAGCCUGUUAAUUAAGCUUGCUUUUUUUUUUUUUCCUUCUGCUGUAGUUGCUAGUGUAGCUUAUGUUAGUAAGUGUCAGUAGGAGAAAGCUUUGAACAUUAAUGAAAGUAGAAUAUCAGUGCAUUCAACCA